GUAAAUAAAAAAAAACCAAAUAGAAUGAGUAAGUUGUAGGUAAAAAGACAAAAAGCAUUAGAAAAUAACCAAAGCUUUGUCUUAGCCAACAAAAGACAAAACAGCGACGUUGAAAUGGCAGAUGCAUCACCUUUGUCACCACCAAUGAAGCGUGGACAAGCGCAAGAAGUUGCUCAAGUUAAAAGAGUUAAACAUACAGCAUUAAACAACAUUGUGAAAGCACCUACCACGGUUGGUAAAGUUUUCGUUUUUGGAACCGGUGACACUGGUCAACUUGGUUUAGGUGAUGUAUUUUUGGAACGUAAGAAACCCAUGCCUCUUAAGGCACUUGAUGACGAGGAUAUCGUUGAUGUUGUUUGUGGUGGUAUGCAUUCUAUCGCCCUUACUAAGGAAGGAAAGCUUUGGUCUUGGGGUUGUAACGAUCAACGUGCUUUAGGAAGAUCUGGAGACGAAUAUGUUCCUGGAAAGGUCGAGAAUAUGGACGAUGUUAAGGUAGUAAAGGUGGCCUGUUGUGAUUCCGUUACAAUGGCACUUUCAGACGAGGGAAAGCUCUAUUGUUGGGGUACUUAUCGUUGUGCAGAAGGACCUCUUGGUUUCUCUCGCGAUAAAGCUGUUCAAGAUGUCCCCGCUUUGUUCGAGCCUUUUGCAAAGAAAGUCAUUGUUGAUAUUGCUGCCGGUACUGAUCAUUGUUUGGCUUUAACAAAAGAUGGACGUGUUUUUGUUUGGGGUAACGGUCAACAAUUUCAAUUGGGCCGUCGUAUUAUGGAACGUCAUUUAAUUAAUGGUCUUCGUCCUGAAACUUUGAAUUUAAAGAAUAUCAAGCUCAUUGGAACUGGUUCUUAUCAUUCCUUAGCUGUUAAUGCUGACGAUUCAGUUCUUGUUUGGGGACUCAACAAUUACCAACAAUGUGGACUUGCAGAUGAAAACAAUGAACCUGCACCUCAUGCCAUUACGAAACCAACAGUCAUUAAAUCUCUUCAAGGAAAAGGAGCCAUUAAAUCAGUCGUAGCUGGUGAACAUCACACUAUUGUUUUAAUGGAAAACGGAACUUUAUAUACUUUUGGUCGUGCUGAUUCAAAUCAGUUGGGUUUACCAACUGAACUCGUUAAGCAGUUGGAAACCCGUGAAGAAAAUGGAGAAGCAUCUUCCUUCAAGACCUGUGUGGGUAUCCCUACUUUGGUACCCAAUCUUACUGAUGUCACAGAAAUUGCCACUGGUACCAACCAUGUCAUUGCUACAACUGCAUCCGGAAAGGCUUACACUUGGGGUUUUGGUGAAUGCUAUGCAUUAGGUAAUGGCUCCGGUAAUGACGAAGCCACUCCUACCGAAUUGACAGGACAAAAAUUGGAAGGACACAAGGUUAUCCGUGUUUCCGCUGGUGCUCAACAUUCCAUGAUUCUUGCUACCCUCUAAACACCCCCCUCCCCCGUUUUUUCUUCUUCUCAUCUACUAUACAUACAGCAUCCUAAUCCAAUAGUCUCCAAUCAUUUAUGUAAAAUAAAUAAAAUUUCACGCUGUUUAUAUUAAAUACUAUUUUAUUACUGUUGUUGGGUAUUUCUUUUCCUUGAAAAUUCAAAGACUUCGGUCACAGCUUCCUUA